CUGAAGCCAAUUACCUAUCUGUCAAAAGGGCCAAUGUACAUAUAUUCACGAGGUACAAAAACAAUGUUCUCUUCUAAAUGUUUUAUUGAUUGUAGAUAACAUAUACUGUCUUGAUGGAAGGGUGUGGAGACCUGAAAUAGUGUAAAACUCCUCGCCCCCAAAUCAAACACUUCACCCUUUAGUUUACAGGUCACAUAAACCACUCACCACUGGUAACAGUUUCUCCUCCCCUAUGUCAUGUUGAGGUGAUUUCCAACUUCACUGAGAUCUAUCAGACAUUGAACAUCAUUCCCUGAGAAAGUAAGACACAUACCAGGAAGCCACUCUAAAGAAAAAGCGAUGUCAUAUCAAACAGAGCCAAUGACUUCCCAGCCACAAAUGACUGUAACCAGCUACACUGUCUCUCACUGGAGCUCUGAUGUCUGUGACUGUUGUGAGGACUGCGGCAUUUGUCUGUGUGGGGCAUUUAUUCCUUGCAUCUUGGGUUGUAAGGUGGCACAGGAUAAUGGUGACAGCUGCUGUUUGCCCUUCCUACCUGGAGCUAUGAUUGCAUUGAGAACCAGCAUCCGUGACAAAUAUCGUAUUAAUGGCUCUGUCUGUGAUGACUGGGUGAUUAUGACCUGCUGUCCUUUCUGUGGACUCUGUCAGAUGGCUCGAGAACAGAAGGCGAGAGGCUAAUUCAAAAAGAAUUAAGGGAAGAGAGUUGCCAAAUGCCUGGAUUCUUAUUAUUAUUCUUUUAUAAUAUUCCAAACUAUAUCAGUGAUUUAAAUGAUCCUUACAUGAGAAUUUACAUUAUGAAUCAAUCCUUAAUUAAAUUAUUAUAUUUGUUUAAAGAAAGUAUUCAAGAUUUCUCUGCAUAAUCUAAGUAACUGGAUCAGGCAUUGUGUCCCAUUGUCUGAUAUUCUUUGUUCUGGCUUGAAACCGUUUUGGUUCCUCUUUCUAUUCCUGUGAAAACAAUAUCCUGUUUAAAAGAGAGAGAACGGCUAUGAUAGUUUUGCAAAAUUAUCCGGAGCAAUUUCAUUAAGGUAAGGUACUGUAUUACAUUUCUCUUUAUAUCUAGAAAAUGUUCAUAUGAUAAAUAGUCAACAUAAUGAAAUUAAUUAUGAGAUCUUGGCUUAUUAGGAUUGCACACUGGUUUUGAACUAUUCAUCCUGUUUAACAUAUAGAGAGCCAUUUAUUCACAUAAUGUUACAUAGCUCUCUGUCUACUUCCCCAUGACAAGAUUUAUGCCUUUGUAUGCACGUUAACAUCAUAUCGUGAGCAAAUGGAGCAUGUGAAAAAAAAAAAGAGAAAUUUGUUAAGCAGAAUGUGUCAUGCAUUUACAUGUAAACUUACAAAGUUUUUAAUUUAAUAUGGUUUUGUUGUUUCAAUCCAUUAUUGUUUAAUUAUUUACAAUUUUAAGGAAGUUGAUGUAAAUAGAACAAAAGGGGGGGGGGGAAAAGAGUCUGAGAAGUGGGAAAUUGUCAAUUGAGACGGGUUAUGUGAGAGCAUUAGAGAAGUUUGUUUACUCCUAAUGUGAAAGUACACCUAAUGUUUUUGUAUCUACCUUUUUAGCACCUGUAUUCAUACAUUAGAUAUACUUCCAUAACCUUUGAAGUCAUGUUAUUAAUCUGAUAAUAAAUAAAAUAAACAUAACAUGUCCAUA